AUGGAAUACCCCAAGGUUGUGGUGUUUGAUCUUGACUACACUCUAUGGCCGUGCUGGUGCGACACCCACAUAUCACCCCCGUUGAGGUCCAAGUCUACAGAUGUAGUUGUCGAUAAGUAUGGGUAUGAGCUCUCCUUCUACAAGGACGUUGGUGAUAUCUUCCAAGACCUACAGGCCAAUGGAGUUCUGAUAGUGAGUGCGAGUAGAACGUGUGCCCCUGCUGUGGCGAAGAAGCUGCUCAAGCUGCUCCACCUCAACGGCGAGCCAGCGAUAAACCACCUGGAUCAUAUGGAAUGGGGUACACAUUCGAAGAAGAAGCAUAUCGCCAGGGCAUUGGAACAGUUUGAAGAGGAUAUCAAGUUUGAAGACGUUAUUCUGUUUGACGAUGAGGUGAGAAAUAAGGACGUUGAGUCGAUAGGAUGCCUGUUUGCUCACAUAUCGAAUGAAAAGGUUGGUUUAAAUAAGAUCAUUUAUGAACGGGCUCUGGGCGAAUGGAGGAAGAAGAACAAGAAGAGAACAAAGAAAUCAAACUAGAAGUUUACAUCUACAGUUUCAUAUAGAUUAGUUAUAGAUACAUUGUAUUGAUGCUAUUAUGGCUUCGUAUAUCCACUACAGUCAUGUGACUGAUAUCAGUGACGAUUUCAUCCGGAGUCAUUGAACGGUUGUGGUUCACAAUAAUAUGAGCCUUCUGGUGGUAUAUUAGCCCAUCAUGGGGGUUUCAUGGUACAUUACUGUGUACAUGUAUCUAAUUUUAGUGUUGGUCUUUUGAGUGUCUUAUUGUAAUUCAUU